AUGUGUCGCCACGCUCGAGCCGAUGGCGAUGGCAGUGCCACCAUCGUGAAUGCUGGCCGUGAGCUUCUGCCGGCCGAUGUAGUGCCCCAGCACUACGACCUCACGCUCGAGACGGACUUCGAGAAGCUUACUUUUGAGGGUUCCGUCGUCAUCGAUCUCGACGUGGUCAAGGACACCAACUCGGUCUCUCUCCACACCGUCGACCUCGAAGUCCACAGCGUAAAGGUGUUGGGCGAUGGGGCUCUCGUCAGCGAUGCUCCCACUGUCUCCUACACGGCCGACACCCAAACCACCAAGAUUGAUUUUGAUGGCGGCCUGACUAAGGGCACCAAGGCCCAGCUCGCAAUCGUUUUCACCGGCCAGCUCAACGACAAGAUGGCUGGCUUCUACCGCUCGACCUUUAAGAAGGCCGACGGCACGGAUGGCAUCAUGGCUGUCUCUCAGAUGGAGCCUACUGAUGCCCGCCGUGCCUUUCCCUGCUUUGACGAGCCCUCGCUCAAGGCCGCCUUCACCGUCACUUUGAUUGCUGACAAGCACCUGACCUGCUUGAGUAACAUGGACGUCGCGUCCGAGACCGAGAUCACGUCUACCGUCACCGGCACCACCAAGAAGGCUGUCAAGUUCAACGUCUCGCCGCGCAUGUCUACUUACCUCGUUGCCUUUAUUGUCGGCGAGCUGAACUACAUCGAGACGAACUCGUUCCGCGUCCCCGUGCGCGUCUACGCCCCGACCGGCCAGAACAUCGAGAACGGCCGGUUCUCGCUCGAGCUUGCUGCCCGCACGCUUGCGUUCUACGAGAAGGUCUUUGGCAUCGACUUUCCCCUACCCAAGAUGGACCAGAUCGCCAUCCCCGACUUUGCUCAGGGCGCCAUGGAGAACUGGGGUCUCGUGACCUACCGUGUCGUUGAUCUGCUGCUGGACGAAAAGACCAGCGGUGCUGCCACAAAGGAGCGUGUCGCCGAGGUCGUCCAGCACGAGCUUGCCCACCAGUGGUUCGGCAACCUGGUCACCAUGGAUUGGUGGGACGGCCUCUGGCUGAACGAGGGCUUUGCCACCUGGGCGUCUUGGUACUCCUGCAACGUCUUCUUCCCCGAAUGGAAGGUGUGGGAGUCGUACGUCACCGAUACCCUCCAGGGUGCGCUGUCGCUUGACUCCCUUCGCAGCAGCCACCCGAUCGAGGUGCCGGUCAAGCGCGCCGAUGAGAUCAACCAGAUCUUUGACGCCAUCUCCUACUCCAAGGGCUCGUGUGUCCUGCGCAUGAUUUCGACAUACAUUGGCGAAGAUGCCUUCUUGGAGGGCGUCCGCCGCUACCUGAAGAAACACGCGUAUGGCAACACGCAGACGGGCGAUCUAUGGGCUUCUCUGGCCGAGGCCAGCGGCAAGCCUGUAGACGAGGUCAUGACCGUGUGGACGAAGAAUGUUGGCUACCCUGUCGUGACUGUGACUGAGGGCGACAACAAGGUGCACCUGAAGCAGAACCGGUUCCUCCGCACGGGUGAUGUGAAGCCGGAAGAGGACGACGUACUAUACCCGGUCCUUUUGGGCGUUCGGACCAAGGACGGCGUGGACGAGGCGCCGAUACUGGACAAGCGCGAGGAUGUGCUCGAGCUGUCGAGCCUGGAUUUCUUCAAGCUCAACGCAAACCACACGGGCCUUUACCGCACUGCCUACUCGCCCGACCGUCUGGCAAAGCUUGGCCAAGCGGCAAAGGACGGCCUCCUGUCGGUGGAGGAUCGUGCAGGCAUGGUUGCUGACGCUGGCGCCCUGGCCAUCUCGGGCUAUCAAAAGACGUCGGGCGUUUUGAGCCUGCUCAAGUCGUUCACCGCCGAGACGGAGUUUGUUGUCUGGAAUGAGCUGAUCUCGCGCUUGUCGGCCAUCCAGGGUGCGUGGAUCUUCGAGGACGAGGCAACGCGCAACAGUCUGGAGGCGUUCCAGCGCGACCUUGUGAGCGCCAAGGCCCACACACUGGGCUGGACGUUCUCCGACUCGGACGGCCACAUCGAGCAGCAGUUCAAGGCAAUGCUGUUCGGCAGCGCCGGACUGAACGGCGACAAGACCAUCAUCGCAGCGGCCAAGGACAUGUUCAAGCGGUUCUUCGCCGGCGACAGCCUGGCCAUCCACCCCAACAUCCGUGGCAGCGUGUUUGGCAUGGCCUUGAAGUACGGCGGCAAGGAAGAGUAUGAUACUAUUAUCAACUUUUACCGCACCUCGAAGAACAGCGACGAGCGGAACACGGCUCUGCGGUCUCUGGGCCGGGCCACGGACCCGGAGCUCAUUAAGCGCACAUUGGAGCUUCUGAACGGCACAGAGAUCAAGGACCAGGACAUCUACAUGCCUGCGUCAGGCCUGCGUGGCCACCCCGCCGGAAUCGAGGCGUUGUUCGGCUGGCUGACGGAGAAUUGGGACGAGGUGUACAAGCGCUUCCCGCCCGGCUUGUCGAUGCUCGGCUCGCUGGUCAGCAUCAUGACGUCGAGCUUCUCGCAGCCGGAACAGAUUGCCCGUGUCGAGGCCUUUUUUGCCGACAAGAACACCAAGGGUUACGAUCAGGCCCUGGCCCAGAGCCUGGAUGCCAUCCGCUCGAAGAUUGCAUGGAUCAAGCGGGACGGCGACGACGUCUCUGGCUGGUUGCAUGAGAACGGCUACUAA